AUGAACGAAGGAGUGACAGUAACAUCAGGGGAAAUCAGGUUCCAGCACAUGGCCUUAAGCCUGAAAACAGCUCAGCCACCUGGCCUUGUCACUGUCACUAAAGGAUAUGGAAGAUCAACAGCCGUUGUAACAAGUGCAGAUCGUAACAGUGAACAUGAUGCUGCAGGGAACAACAUUGGAUUUUAUGAACAUGAAAGCCACAGAAACAUCAACUGCAUCAAUGGAGAAGGAGUCAGUGUUGACCAUCAAGAAUGUGAAAGAGAAGAAGCCGGCAUGAAUGUAGAUGUAAUCCAUGGAGGUGCUAAUUUAGUUAAUGCUAUUAGUAAUGGGGAUGGAAGACCUGAGGUUAACCAUAGUCACAUCAGAACAGAUGGAACUACAGAAGAAACAGCUGCGGAGAGGGAUUUUAUUGGAGAGGAAACCCUUAGGGGUAACUUGGAAGGUGGGAAUUUCAGCAGUACCAGUAAUGGGACUGGAGAAGAGAAUGUUCAUAAUACAAUCCAAACAGAAUAUUCUGAGACUGGUCAAAAUGUUGAGGACAGUGAAGGAGAGAUAGCCAACAAUAGCAAUAUGAUGGCAGAAGGAUAUGGUGACACUACGGAAAACCAGAGCAACCAUGUUCAAAGCACGAGUAGUCAUGGACAUGCAAAUAAUUGGUCUGACGAUAACACAACAAACACAUUUGUGGGAAGAAACGUCCAUGGCGAGAGUAUACAUUGGGCAGACAUUAAUGAAGGUGGCAGUGGUAUUGGUGAAGAAGGUUCUAGUGAUGGCUGGGGAGAUGGAAACUCAGAAGGUACAACAGAUCUUGGGGUAAGUGAGAGUAAAAAUCAUAGUAAUGGGGACAAUGAUCAGACUUGUGAUGAUGGGACAGGAAGCAUGGGUGCUGAAGAGGACCAAAAUGCAGAAUUGUGCCUUGAAAAGAAAAGCAGUGGCAUUGCUAAGGGUGCAGAUGGUAAUGAUACAGCUGUGAGCAAUGGGACCACAGGUGGCGAUAAUGUGAAUGAGGAGGGGCUUCAUAAUGGGACCACCUCUCAAGAUGCCAGUAAGCACAGGAAUGAACCCACAAGUGAUCAAGAGGAUAGCAGUGACACCGGGGACACCAGUGAAAGCGAGAGCAGCAAUGUUUAUAGUCUGAGUGAUGAAUUGAUGCAAGGGGAUGAACCCGGCUUGGACGGCGCUGAGAACAGUAGCCAGCAAGAUCCCUCUGACGAGGCAAGCAGUGGGGAGGAAUCAGCAGGCACAUCUGUGGAAGAUGAGGAACAAAGUACUGAUGAGAACCAGAGCAGUGAGCAGUCAGAGAGCAAUGGCGAGGACAGUGAGGGUGGCAACCAAUCGGGCAGUGAUGACAGUGAGAGUGGGGGCACAACCGGCAGCAGCGAGAGCAGCCCAAGUCCAUCUGAAAGCAGCAGCGAGAGUGAAAAGUCUGAUAGCAGCAGCGAGAGUGACAGUAAAUCCAGCAGCAGCAGCGAGAGUGAAAAGUCUGAUAGCAGCAGCGAGAGUGACAGUAAAUCCAGCAGCAGCAGUGAGAGUGACAGUAAAUCCAGCAGCAGCAGCAGCAGCAGCGAGAGUGACAGCAAAUCUGACAGUAGCAGUGAGAGUGACAAGUCCAGCAGCAGCAGUGAGAGUGACAAUAAAUCCAGCAGCAGCGAGAGUGACAGCAAAUCCGACAGUAGCAGUGAAAGUGACAAGUCCAGCAGUAGCAGUGAGAGUGACAGCAAAUCCAGCAGCAGUGAGAGUGACAAGUCCAGCAGUAGCAGCGAAAGUGAAAGCAGCAGCAGUGAAAGUGACAGCAAAUCCAGCAGCAGCAGUGAGAGUGAGAGCAAAGCAGAUAGCAGUAGUGAGAGUGGAAACAGCAGUAGUGAAAGUGACAAAUCCAGCAGCAGUGAAACUGACAGCAAAACUGACAGUAGCAGUGAGAGUGACAAGUCUAGUAGCAGCAGUGAGAGUGACAGCAAAUCCAGCAGCAGCAGUGAGAGUGACAAGUCCAGCAGUAGCAGCGAAAGUGAAAGCAGCAGCAGUGAAAGUGACAGCAAAUCUGACAGCAGCAGCAGUGAGAGCAGUAGCAGUGAGAGUGACAAGUCCAGCAGUAGCAGUGAAAGUGACAGCAAAUCUGACAGCAGCAACAGUGAGAGCAGUAGCAGUGAGAGUGACAAGUCCAGCAGCAGCAGUGAAAGUGACAGCAAAUCUGACAGCAGCAGCAGCAGUGAGAACAGCAGCAGUGAGAGUGACACGUCUAGCAGCAGCAGUGAGAGUGAAAGUGAAUCCGACAGCAGCAGUGAGAGUGAUAGCAGUGGUCCACCAGACCCCAGUGAGAGUAGCAGUGAAAACAGCCAAUCUGACACUGAGAGUGAGAGUGAAGGUGAGAUGAGCAAUGAAAGCGAGAGCGAUUCAGAAAAUGCGAGUGCUGAAAAUGAUACUACCAGCAACGGUUCUGAAGACACCACAGAAAAUACAAGUGACAAUGAAUCUGCCACAAGUGAGGACAGUGACAGCGGCACUCAGUCGGAAGACGUGGGCACGGAAAGCGAAUCUAUAAGUGCGGGCAGUGAGAGCAAUGAUUCAACCAGUGAUUAUUGA